CAGCGCUGGGAUGGGGAGCCGGGGAGCCGCGGAGCCCCGGAGCCGGGGAGCCCGGGAGCCGAGCUGACCACCGCGGGGAUGGGUGUGUGCCUGCCCGCCGGGGCUCAUCCGCUGGGCGAAGCUGUGCCCCGCACACUGGACCGUCGUCCGUCACCCCAUGGGCGCAGGGUCCCCGGACGCAUGGAGUGCCCUCGCACCCCCAAAGCCAGGGAUGAGCACCUCUUGGGCUUCUGUGGCGAGGGGCGGGGAGGAGGAGGAGGAGGCUGAGACAGCGCUUCAAGAACGAAUCGGACCGUCCCGCCGACCACCGAAAGGGGCAUCAGAGACCCCCGGAAACCAAGCCCAGGGAGGGGCUUGCAAGGCGAGAAGGGAUCCUUGGUUACCUCCUUUGCCCUUUCCUUCCUGGAUGGAACAAGAAGUAAAGCAGGGUGUGUGUGAACACCAGGAGUCAGAAGAGAGAGGGAUGGGCUCUGACUUUGAGAACACUGAGGACCAAGAAGAGGACUCAGAAGAAAGAGGAAUGGGCUCCAAUCCACAGGACAAAGAAGAGAGAGGCCUCCUGGAGCAGGAGAUGGGCUCCAACCCACAGGAUGAAGCUCUAAGAGGGGACUCCCCAGAAAGGGAAGUAGUAUCCAACAUCUGUCCAGAGGGGCUGAGUGAAGAAGAGGCCUCUCUCCUUGAGGAAGAUGACCAACCAGGUGUGGCUGACAUGGCGACAUUCCCGGGACUGUCAGAAUCCGACUGCAUAUCUCGGAGCCCCCAGGAAGAAGAGGAGGAGGAGGAGGAAGAAGAGGAAGAAAGUGCUGGGGAGAGCCGGCUGCUAGAGGAAGAGGUGCAGCCACCCCCUCCAGUACUUCCCUGGAGGCGCCACCUGUCCCUGGGGAGCAGGCACCGGGGUGACAAGCCUGCCCACCGCCGCUUCCACCGGUUCCAUCACUCCAUGGCCAUGGACCUUGGAGAACUCGACAGCCUCAUGGCCAGCAUCAUGGACGCGCCCACCAUCUGCCCGGACUGCGGGGAGAGCUUCAGCCCAGGCGCCGCCUUCCUGCAGCAUCAGCGCAUCCACCGCCUGGCAGAGGCUGCAGCGGUGGCCAGCCUGGAGCCCUUCGGCCUGGCGGGCGAGUGCAGAGCAGUGGUGGGGAUGAUGGGCGUGGGCGUGGCCGGCGGCUUCGGGGCGGGGCCCGCACUGGCCCGGCCCCCUCGAGAGAAGCCCUUCCGCUGCGGAGAGUGCGGCAAGGGCUUCAGCCGCAACACCUACCUGACCAACCACCUGCGGCUGCACACCGGUGAGCGGCCCAACCUGUGCUCCGACUGCGGCAAGAGCUUCAGCUGGCGCGCCGACCUGCUCAAGCACCGGCGCCUGCACACGGGCGAGAAGCCCUACCCGUGCCCCGAGUGCGGCGAGGCCUUCAGCCUCAGCUCCCACCUGCUCAGCCACCGGCGUGCGCACGCGGCGGCCAAUGGCGCAGGUGCAGCGGCUCUGCGGCCCUUCGCGUGCGGCGAGUGUGGCAAGGGCUUCGUGCGCCGCUCGCACCUGGCCAACCACCAGCGCAUCCACACGGGCGAGAAGCCGCACGGCUGCGGCGAGUGCGGCAAGCGCUUCAGCUGGCGCUCGGACCUGGUGAAGCACCAGCGAGUGCACACGGGCGAGAAGCCCUACAUGUGCUCCGAGUGCGGCGAGACCUUCAGCGUCAGCUCGCACCUCUUCACGCACAAGCGCACGCACUCGGGCGAGCGGCCCUACGUGUGCCGCGAGUGUGGCAAGGGCUUCGGCCGCAACUCGCACCUGGUCAACCACCUGCGCGUGCACACGGGCGAGAAGCCCUUCCGCUGCGGCCAGUGUGAGAAGCGCUUCAGCGACUUCUCCACACUCACGCAGCACCAGCGCACGCACACGGGCGAGAAGCCCUACACGUGCAUCGAGUGUGGCAAGAGCUUCAUCCAAAGCUCGCACCUCAUCCGCCAUCGCCGCAUCCACACCGGCAACAAGCCGCACAAGUGCGCGGGAUGCGGCAAGGGCUUCCGCUACAAAACGCACCUGGCGCAGCACCAGAAGCUGCACCUGUGCUAGGACCGGGAGCCCGCAGCUCCCGGGAGUCUGAUGGGAGUAGGCGCCUGGGCUGCUGAUCCUGUAGCAGGGGAAGGGGCGGGAGGGACCGUCAUGUGUCUGGGGAGCCUUUUGAGGUGUAGGGGUCCAGAGAGGGGUUAUUGUUGAGUAGGAGUUGAUAGAUCGAGGUGCUGUGUCUUGCCUACCUCUGCUCCGUGGAAGUAACUUUUAAAUGUGCUUGAGUGGAUGGAUGGCUUCCUCGAAUACACACUGUAGGGGAGUGGAGAGCCCCGGGAGCAGACUCUUGAAGGCUCUUGAGGAAGGGGAUUUGGAAUGGGGGAGGAGGGGAGAACGGAACAGCAGUCAGUUGAAAGGGUUGCGCUAACAUGGUCGGUGGGCGAGAGGAGGGGGGGAGAGAGAGAGAGAGAGAGAGAGAGAGAGAGAGAGAG